AUGGAUGUUACUUAUUACAAGCCAUACAUUGACCCAGAUUUCGAAGUACUCAUCGAAAGAAUCCAUCCGCCUAGAGUUUGUGUGGACAAUGAAACCUACCCAGAUUGCACCCUGGUUAAGGUUGACAGUGCUAAUAAGCACGGGAUGCUACUGGAGAUGGUCCAAGUUCUGACAGACCUCGACCUCGUCAUCUCCAAAUCUUACAUCUCAUCCGACGGUGGUUGGUUAAUGGAUGUCUUCCACGUGACUGACCAGCUCGGACACAAACUUACAGAUACAAGCCUAAUAGAUUACGUCCAAGAGGGCAUUUGUGCGAGUAGGCAAGCAUGGAAGGAUGCGCACAAGCUAGCCAUGGGGAGGGAGACCCGGCCACGCCACGUGCUGACCGAGCACAUGGCCUUGGAGAUGACAGGGGUCGACCGUCCAGGCCUAAUGUCCGAAAUAACGGCUGUCCUGGCAGAGCUGGCGUGCCACGUCACCGCUGCAGUGGCGUGGACCCACAACGGGCGGGUCGCUUGCAUCAUCUACCUGGAGGACGGGUCGCUGGACCCGUGUCGGGUGGCCCAGGUGCAGGCCCAGGUGGAGAACGUGGUGGAGGCCCACCACCAUGGGAACGAGCAGCGGAGCGUGCGGCUGGCGGCGCCCGCCCCUGGCCGGACCCAUACGGAGCGGCGGCUCCACCAGCUGCUGGCGGCCGACGCGGACUACGAGGCGUGCUGUUCUUGCUGUGGGGGGAACAGUGAAGGGGAUGAUUUCUACGUGUACGGGGGCUGCCACAAGGGCCAGAAGAAGGGGUGUGACGGGACCCACGUGAGGAUCGAGAAUUGCAAGGCGAUGGGAUACUCGAUUAUCAAUAUAAGGAGUCGGGACCGGACGAAGCUGCUGUUCGACACGUUGUGCGUUUUGACGGACCUUCAGUACGUGGUUUAUCACGCGGCUAUCAGCUCGCACGGCUCGACUGCCUUCCAGGAGUACUAUGUGAAGCACAAAGAUGGGCACGUAUUGAUUUCAGAAUGUGAGAAGCAUAUGGUGACAAAGUGUUUGAUUGCUGCCACAGAGAGAAGGGCUUCUCAUGGGUUACGUGUGGACGUCUGCACGAAAAACCGAACCGGGCUGCUAUCAGACGUGACCCGGGUCUUCCGGGAGAACGGGCUUUCAAUAAAACGGGCCGAGAUCGGGGUCAGAGGGGACGAAGCAGUCGGGACAUUCUACAUGACGGGCGAGAACGUAAAUAUCGAAACAAUUGAGGCGAUGAGGCAAGAAAUCGGAGGGGACGUGAUGUUCGAGAACAAGUCUGGAGGGACGACACCCGAGGUGUCGCCAACGAGGACGAGCACGAACAGCAGCAUUAGUAGCAACGGGAUGGAAGAGCGGCCGAGAUUCUCACUCGGGAACUUGCUGUGGUCGCAGCUCGAGAGGCUCUCCAGCAAUUUCCGGCCAAUAAAAUCGUGA